AACAAGUACUUAUAGGGACACCACCUCCAACCAAAAUGCUUUUUCUCUACACAACUCUGUGAACCAUUGAAGAUAGAGCCAUUUAGCAAAUUACUAACACACCAUUUUUCUUUCUUUUCAAAUCCAAACACACCUCAAAACAAACAAGAAAACAACAAAGGGCAAAAAAUAUAGAUUAGAAAAAUCCCCCCCUUUGCUUUGGAGACUGCAAGCUUGCUCCCAAUUCUCAAAGCUGUAUAUUAAUUCUUUCUAUAUUCCUUCUUUCUGCAAAAUCCCCACAACCCCAUAAACCAAAACACAUGCUCUUUGCUUAUAUUUACCAACCCCAUUUCCUCCUUUUCUUUUUCUUACUACUUGCAAACCUGUUUUCUUGAUUUGGGUAUUUCAAGAACUUAGCAAAGAUGAUAACUUUAUCUGAUUUCUACCAUGUUAUGACUGCUGUUGUUCCACUUUAUGUAGCUAUGAUACUAGCUUAUGGCUCUGUUAAGUGGUGGAAGAUUUUCUCACCAGAUCAGUGUUCUGGAAUCAACAGAUUUGUUGCACUUUUUGCAGUUCCACUUCUAUCUUUUCACUUUAUAGCUGCUAAUAAUCCUUACACUAUGAACAUAAGAUUCAUUGCUGCAGAUACUCUGCAGAAACUUAUUGUUCUUGGGGUUCUUGCUGUUUGGGCUAAUGUAAGCAAAAGGGGUAGUUUGGAAUGGAGUAUUACACUUUUUUCACUAUCAACUCUUCCAAAUACUUUAGUUAUGGGUAUUCCUUUGUUAAAAGGAAUGUAUGGUGAAUUCUCUGGGAGUUUAAUGGUGCAAAUUGUUGUAUUACAGUGUAUCAUUUGGUACACUUUGAUGCUUUUUAUGUUUGAGUUUAGAGGUGCAAGAUUGCUAAUUUCUGAGCAAUUUCCUGAUACUGCUGGUUCAAUUGUAUCUAUUCAUGUUGAUUCUGAUGUCAUGUCAUUAGAUGGUAGACAAGUUUUAGAGACUGAAGCAGAGUUAAAAGAAGAUGGAAAGCUUCAUGUUACUGUAAGAAAAUCAAAUGCCUCAAGGUCUGACAUAUUUUCAAGAAGGUCAGGAGGAUUUUCUUCUACUACACCAAGACCAUCCAAUUUGACAAAUGCAGAGAUUUACUCUCUCCAGUCAUCAAGAAAUCCAACACCAAGAGGGUCUAGUUUUAAUCAUACUGAUUUUUACUCAAUGGUGGCUGGUACUGCUGGGAGAAACUCAAACUUUGGUGCUAAUGAUGUUUAUGGUAUGUCUAAUAAUUCAAGAGGGCCAACUCCAAGACCUUCAAAUUAUGAAGAAGAAAGUGGGAAGUCAAGAUUCAAUAAUUAUCUUGGUGGAGCAGCAGCACCAGCACCAACACAGAGUAAUAGUAACACUCAUUAUCCAGCACCAAAUCCUGGCAUGUUUUCACCUAGUAAUAAUGGUACCAAAGCACACAAGAAUACAGCUAAAAAAGGAGAUCAAGAAGGUGGCAAGGAUCUUCAUAUGUUUGUUUGGAGUUCAAGUAACUCUCCUGUUUCUGAUGUUUUUGGAGGACAGGAUUAUACAGCUAAUUUAGACCAGCCUGCAGCACCUAAUAAGGAUGUGAGAGUGCCUAUCUCCCCUGGAAAAGUUGAGGGGCAAAGGAACAAUAAUCAAGAAAACUACAUGGAGAGAGAUGAUUUCAGCUUUGCAAAUAGAGAUGGAGCUGAUCAAAUGAACAAUCAAGAUGGUGAAAAAGCUGGAGAAAACAAAGCAAAAGUAAUGCCACCAACAAGUGUAAUGACUAGGCUCAUACUCAUCAUGGUUUGGAGGAAACUUAUUAGGAAUCCAAACACUUAUUCAAGCUUGUUUGGCCUCACUUGGUCUCUAGUUUCAUUCAGAUGGAAUUUGAAGAUGCCUGCUAUAAUUGCACAGUCCAUAUCUAUACUGUCAGAUGCAGGACUUGGCAUGGCAAUGUUCAGUCUUGGUCUGUUCAUGGCUUUGCAACCAAGGAUCAUAGCAUGUGGAAAUUCUGUUGCAUCUUUUGCUAUGGCUGUGAGAUUCCUUACAGGUCCAGCUGUUAUGGCAGCUGCUUCCAUUGCUGUUGGUCUUCGUGGAACUCUAUUACACGUGGCAAUUGUACAGGCAGCUCUACCACAAGGAAUUGUUCCUUUUGUCUUCGCUAAGGAAUACAACGUUCAUCCUGACAUUCUUAGCACAGGUGUCAUUUUUGGGAUGUUGAUUGCGUUGCCGAUUACAUUGGUGUAUUACAUAUUUAUGGGACUUUGAAGAGGGACUUAUAAUUCCAUGCAAAUUAAUAUU